GGUUCAUUUCACCGAAGCCUUUAUCAGGACGAUGCAAUGUAAAGUUGACCUAACAUGAUAAGGUGCAGAUUUUGUACAACCUUCUUUUUUUCACUGGUAUUGACUUCAGGCUAACUUUCAGGAUAUGAAGAAUGGGGAAUAAAGCGACGUCACCUAGAAAGGACUUUGAUGGAGGAGAAGUGAGAGGAAGAAGUAGGUCUUUCACUGGAAUAACCUCAAAAUUUCGUAAACGUAGCAAAAGUCCUCCUCGAGAACGGAGUUCUUCGUUCACUGACACCAGGCCCAAAAGGGGAAGUUUUAAGUUUUCUCCUCAUAAUGGAGGAGUUUCCACUCCAAAUGGACACACUGCAGGAGGCAACCAGCGUUCUAGUCCUACCAAAAGCAUCUCUAUCAAGUCAGGCGAUAGAUCUCGAGAAGAAGAAAAUGACUCCUCUAAGUUAUUGUCCACUUCCUGUCCAACUCGCUCCAGACAUUUCCCUCCACUUCUAGACCCCAGCUUGCCAAAUGAGAGUAAACAAAAGGAUACCUUGGGUCGAGACACAAUACGCAGAUCUCUGACUCGCAAAGACAGUGAAUCUCCAAGACUCGGUCCAAAACAGAUGAGACAGAUCUCAAGGGACUUGUAUGCUGAUAAAUUAGCAGACAUCUCAAAGCGACGAGGACUGGCUGUCCAGAACCGAGAUUUGUCCAUGUCUCAGUCUAGUCUAGGUCUACUCUCCUGUAAAUCACAGUCUCUCCAUAGCUUGGGCAAUGUUGGUUUGGAGGAUGAGGAAGAAAUUAAUGGUCCUGUGUAUGGGAAGAUAAUUCUAAGACAGAACAGACCAAAGCACCUACAUAUGAACAGAUAUAGUGGUGAUUUUGAUCUCAGAGUAAGGACUAGUGAUUUUAACAGCAAGCACUGUGCUUUAACGAGAAAUGAAAGUCCCUCUCAACCACAACACAGGGUAUCACAGCCUGUCAUGUCGUCAUCAGACUCAAAGGUGCAGAAAAACACUCAGAGGUCACCAGAGGAGGUAGUGCAGGCCCGACGAAUGUUGGUCUAUCGAGCUUUGAAAACGGAUGGAGAAGAACUUGGCCAUACUGGUCCAGAUCGUAAGUCUAUACCUAUUCUAGCUGACAGACGGUCAAACAAAUCUGCUUCUUCAUUACACAGAUCUCCUUCACCUAAAAGUAGCUUAACACACUCAUCACUAUCACAUAGCAACAUUGCUUUGUCUCCAGGCAACCAUUUUGUGUCACCUAGCGACAGGUCAUCACCUCAUUCAUCAGUUAGUAACAGUGCUUUGUAUCCAUGUAAUCGUCCUGCAUCACCUAGCAACAGAUCAUAUGCAAUUAAUGAACUUUCAGAACUCUUGAUUAACAGCAGUGAGUUGAGAAAAGAUUGCACUGAUUCAAGGACUGUGGAAAAUGUUGCAUCUAAAAUACACGAAAAAAAUUCUAUUCAUGUGACACCACCUAAAGUCACUCCAAGUAAACGAGCACUGCCAAAUAUUGAUGAAUAUAAAAUUCUUAGUUCAGGUAUGCCCUCUAAUAGGGAAUUAUGGGGAUCUUAUGAAAGCUUAACAAUGAAAUCUAGGAAAAAUGUGGAUAUUUCAGAGGACACUGGUUUAAGGGAACGCAGUCACAGUGUAUCUUUAAAUUCAAGACCUGAUUAUACAAAUGUGCACAUAUCUCCAUUGGAUAUGGAGGAUCAAGGAUUUCGUAGUCGGAGUAGUAGUUGGAGUGUGGCUAGGGAUCGUCUAAGAUCCCCCAGUACUAUGACCAGUCAUAUGCAGGUGCCCCCUGUGAAUCGAUUGUGGAGUUAUAGUGUUACCUCAUUGUCUGACAUGGGAUUAGACCCAGUUAUACCUAACCAAUAUAGAUACUUUGAAACAAAGCAUGAUGGCUAUUGUGACGUUGACAUUUUGCGUGACCUGACUAUGGAUCAACAAGCCGUGGACUGCUGUCCCCUGUGUCACAUGCCAUUUGACAAAGGGAAGAAGCGUCGACUGAUUGACACCUGUGGACACGCCAAAUGUUACAGCUGCAUGUUCACCUACGAUACCUGUCGAAUCUGUGAAAACAAUCCCACAGGAGCAGGCCAUCACAUUAGGCAAAGCAGUGAUAUCUCUCCAUACAGUAAUCGUCCCAGGAUGAAGACCAACGGUCAUUUUACCCCUCAGAUGAGAACUGAGAUUUCCACCCAAACCACACCCUCCAAAUCAACACCCACAUCUCUGUCCCUCUCAAAUGUCUACCAUGGUGGAAAGCAGAUACCUGAGCCACAAGUUCCUGCAUCCAAACCUAGAUUCUUCAAACCUAUAUCACUGUCUCCAACUGGCCCCAACCCACCACCAUCUGUACCUUCAUCACAGAAGAGUUACAUGUCAGAUUCAGCAGCCAUUGCUCCAUCAGAUCCCAGUGCAGACCCUAGUCUGACACCUUAUGAUGACCUUGAUGAGUUGUCAAGGUUAGAUAGGGAGGGACCUGCUCUGGAUUUAAAUGAUCAUCUAGAUCCCCCUCCUCCCUCUCCAGAUGUUGCACAGAAUGACCUUAUGGUCAGACUGGGUUUGUUACUCUCAGACAAAGGUCGAACUUCCCAUGAACCAGGUCAGAUGUCACCUAUGUUGACUCGUAAAGGUAACCAAGGACAUCAGGUGACAGAGGAAACAUUUACCAGCGUGUCAUCUUUAGGCAGUAAUGAGGCAACCCCUGAGAGAGGAAUCUCCACCCCAGACCGGGGGAUCUCUGACACCAGCCCUCUGUCAACUCUCACUGCUUCCUCUGGUAGUGAGAGGGGCCACUAUGCUGGAAUUAGGAUGGGUACUGAGUCCCUCUUUACAAGCAGGGACCCCAGUGCAGAAAGUAUGCACUCAUUCAUGUCUACUAGUACUGGGAACAGUAUGAGUCCCCACACCACAACACAGCGGCCUCACUCCAUCACAACCUCAACACCAGGACAAAUAGAGGAUUUGUUUGGCAAGAGAGGAAAUUUUCGCAGGUCCUCUGCUCGUGCUACAAUAGGUCACUCAAGUGAACGUCGUAUCAACAUUACACCAAUCAAACCACCACAAAUUAGACUCAAAGCCUUACCUUUUGAGGUGCCCCAUAAUGAGGGGAAAGCCUUAUUUGUAGGGAGGGAAUGGCUGUUCAAGGACAUAGAAAUGGCUCUGAACAGUGAGCCCACCAUAGACAGGGUAAGAGGAGUGGUCCUGACUGGAGGUAUAGGUGCAGGAAAAACAGCCAUUAUAGAACAGUUAGUGGACUGCAGUGUGUUCACUGAUGGCAGGAGUGGACUUGUAGAAGGAAAUGAACACAAAAUAAACCGAGAUAAAAUGGUGUACAAUGGUUUGACGAAUUACAGUCCGAAAUCCACUCUGUCCCAUGGCCUUAGUGCUUCCUCUUCUGACCUCACAUAUGACUGUCUGAGAAGUCUGGGAUCCCAGGUGGUAGCUUUCCAUUUCUGUCAGGCAGACAACAACAUCACAUGUUUGGUCCCGGAGUUUGUCCACAGUCUGGCGGCACGUUUGACACAGGCACCACAACUCUCCUCCUUUCAUGAGCUGCUUCUACAAGACCCACAGCUACAACAUGUACUGAGUCUGAAGGAGUGUGUACAGAACCCAUCCAGUGCUUUCAUUAAAGGAAUCCUUGAUCCUUUAGAGUUGUUAAAAGCAGAUGGCAAAAUAACAUCAGACAGUUGUUUGAUUGUGAUAGACUCAUUGAAUGAGGCUGAGUUUCAUAAGCCUGAUUAUGGUGAUACUAUAGCCUCAUUUUUAUGUCGGCAUGUAGAACAGUUCCCUCCGUGGCUGAAGUUAGUUUUAACUGUGCAUUCUUCUUUGGUAGAUAUCACCAAAGACCUUUGUUUUGCCACUGUUUGUAUUGACCGUGACCAAAGCAAUGACCUAAUAGGCAAGGACCUUAUAGAUUAUGUGAACCAUAGGAUUGAAACCAGCCCCAGUAUUGUAAACAAUAUUUCUUUGAAUGGUAAAUUAGAACAGUCUACACAAGUCAAGUUCUGUCAUCAUCUACAGACACUGAGCAAGGGUUCCUUCCUGUUCUGUAAGAUGACCUUGGACCUGAUAGAGCGAGGACACCUAGUGCUUAAAAGUUCAAACUAUAGGAUUUUACCCAUGAACAUCUCAGAGGUGUUCCUAUUACAUUUCAACUUGAAAUUCCAAAGUGUGAGAUCCUUUGAGAAAGUUUCUCCAAUUUUGGCUGUUUGUUUGUCCACUCUGUACCCCAUGAACUUGGAGGAGAUUUAUGACACCAUAAACUCGGGUUAUACGGAGCACUUCCUGCCCUGGGAAGAGUUCACUCAGAGAAUGAGCAUGCUCCAGGGAUUUUUAUUUCUUCGUAAAGACUCCACCUACAUGUUCUUCCACCCCGCCUUCAGGGAGUGGCUAAUUCGCCGUGACGAAGUGGAUAAUCCUAAAUUUCUCUGUGAUCUUCGUGGUGCAGAAUUUGACCCAAGACAUGGUCAUGCUCUGGUAUCUUUCAAGUUGUCUAGGAUUAUGGCACCACUCAAUGCAGAUAAGACCAUAGAGUUGGGGCACCACAUUUUAAAGGCCCACAUCUACAAAACAGUCAGUAAGCAGCGUGGCUACUCCUCACGUGAUAUGCAGGCGUAUUGGAUGGCCCUCAGCUCGGAGAGUCUUAAUGCUGCCCUGGCCUCACAUCGCAAUCUCUUCUCUCCAAAUGUCAAGGUUAGUAGGCUGAUUCUGCUGUCUGGAGCUAACCCCAACACAAGGACCCCAUACCAGAACAACUCCCCUAUCUUGUGUGUUGCAGCUAAGGAGGGAUUCACGGACAUGGUGUCCCUCCUCCUGGAAUUCAGCGCCAGUGUCGAUGCAGUGUCGGACAGUGGUAUGUCAGCAUUGUGUUACGCGGCCAGCGCUGGACAUACAGAAAUCUUGCGUAUGCUGUGUCAGAGGAAUGCGAGGCUGUCUCAUGUGGAUAAGAGUGGCCAGUGUCCGGCCGUCCAUGCUGCCAUGCAUGGUCACUUGGAUGCCCUUAUCUACCUUCUGCAAUGUGAUUGGUCAGAAUAUGAUGGUCAACUAACUAAAGUGGAAGCCAUGCAGCAAGCUAUGGUGGCAUCAGCCGCUACUGGACACGCCAAUAUAAUUGACUUCCUGUUACAUAACUACUCUGCUACUGCGGAUGGGUUUGGAAUUAACUACUGUGAUACUUUACUCGGUGAAACAGCCUUGACUGCAGCCUGUGGACAUGGCCACAAAGAUGUGGUAUUGUUCCUUAUAGAUCAGGGAGCUAGUCUGCAUCAACCUAACAAUAAAAGUCUUACCCCCCUUCUUUGUGCCGUGGAUGCUGGUCACUGGGAUGUGGCUGACCUACUUUUAGGAAUGGGAUCCUCCUUGGAACAGACAGACAAACAUGGUAGAACACCUCUGAUGAUAGCAGCUUACAAAGGUCAUAUUGGUGUUCUGGAGAUGCUGCUAGCCAGAGGGAGUUCCUUGCACCAAGUGGAUAAGGAGGGACUGACUGCCCUCUGUUGGGCCUGUCUGAAGGGACACCAUCAUAUUAUACAGACCCUCCUAGACAAGGGAGCUAACCUCCAUCAUGUGGACAGAAGGGGGAGAACUCCUCUUCAACUAGCAGCAUUCCAUGGGGAUGCUCAAGUAGUACAAUCCCUGAUAGAGAGAGGAGGGCAAAUAGAGCAUGCUGACCAGAAUGGAAUGAGAGCCCUGGACCGAGCCAUUGACAGGAGGAACACAGCAGUGGUGGUGUGUUUCCUGAAGAAGGGGGCUAAGCUGGGUCAGACGACGUGGGCCGUGGCAGCAGGAAAGCCUGAUGUUCUCUUACUGCUGUUAAAUAAACUGAUGGAGGACGGGAAUGUAUUGUAUAAAAAAAAUCGUAUCAGGGAGGCAGCACAGAGAUACCAGUAUGCCCUGAAGAAAUUCCCUGAGGACAGAAUAGUAGAGGACUCGCGCACUUUCAAAGACCUGAAGCUGAAUCUCCUUCUCAACCUCUCCCGAUGUAAACGUAAACUCAAUGACUGUCAAUCAGCCAUAGAACUGGCCACACAGGCAUUGCAGAUCAAAAGUAAAUGUUUUGAGGGUUACUAUGCUCGAGCUCGAGCCAAGAGAGAUGACAGACAGUUUUCGUCUGCAGUGGAGGAUCUAAAGGAAGCAUUGAAGUUAGCUCCAAAUAAUCGCGAGCUUCAGAGGCUUCUGACCAGAGUACGAGACGAAUGCACGGAACAGGCUCGUUAUGAAAACACACAUGGAAGUCGAUCCAGCCUAAUGGAUCAGGGAGAUAGGCGAGCAGAGGAAACGGCUCUGUAGGAGGUCAAUUCUGUAUCAGGAUAAACAACAUUCAUCAAUUAAGCAAUUACACUGGAAUAAAAGCUUUAAACUAUUUUUAUUUGAAUGAGGCAAACAAGCUAAUACUUUGUUUGUUAUAAGACUUUUUGUUUUGUUUAGCAAGGGAUGUAACAAAAUUAUGGUAGAUCUCAGUUAAUUGAACACAAAAUGUAGAUUUGUGCUAAAUGUCUUAGUUUUGGCAGAUUGGUGCUAAGUGGCCUGAGUUUAAUAGUCCUCAUUGUGACUGGCCUGUCCUCAUUGUGGAGUGCUGAUUUGUUCAAACAUUUUAAUAUGUGCUUUUGUUUUUAUAUUUUUUUGUUGUGCAAGAAAGAAAUGGCAUCAUUAUGUUUUAAUAUGUGCUUCUAAUAGUUAUUUUAACAUUUAUUGUGUAUAUGUAAUGUUUUCAUUGAAUGAUGGAAGAAAGUUUCUGCAAAGUAAAGAGCUUUCAAGGGAGAUAAUUCUUUGUGUACAGUUAAGUUUGUGAUGGUCAUGUGAGAGUUCCAGAGUUUCACCAACUAGAAGGAAACAUUCCGUAGGUUUCCAUGGUAAUUGUACUUUACUUUCAUUAUUGAAUUCAUUUAAAUUCAUUGAUGUUAUAUUUAUAGUGUAAAUACUGUAUAUAUUUGGAAUGCUGUAAUGAACACAUUGUAGCAGUUAUAAUUUAAGUCUUUUUUUAUCAUCUCUUUGCCAUGAACAAGUGCAAUUAAUUAUAGUGGAAAUGUCAACAAACUUGUUGUCAUUUUUUAUCAAUAAUAAAACAAUGAAAUCCUA